UUCCCACUGACUACCCAUGCAAGUUGCAUCCUUCCCACUGACUACCCAUGCAAGUUGCAUCCUUCCCACUGACUACCCAUGCAAGUUGCCUCCUUCCCACUGACUACCCAUGCACGUUGCAUCCUUCCCACUGACCAUGAGCUGUGGAUUUGCUUCUUAUUAGCAGGGGUUCCCUGAGACCUCUGUGGUAAUAAGUUGAGGGAGGCUGCAUUAAAUCUUGCCAUUGCUGGUACUGCUUAUUUAUAGUUUGUGGGCUACAAAUGACUCAGAUCAGGAUGUGAUGUAUAUGGCUUUCAGAGAGAAUAUACGAUGGGGCGAGUGAUGAGGCAUGUGUUGGAGAUCUCCAUUGGGAUAUGUGGAGUCUAGAAAUGCGUUAGAGGCGUUCUUUGUCCCUGGAUGAUUAAACACGUAAUAGAAUUCGUAGACAGAGUAGGUAAAUAACCAGACAUUGCAAUGACUGUUUAUAGCGCAAUCAUCUGAUUAAUAUGAGACUCAAUGAGGAAAAGCGAAAUCAAUCUGAGAUUUAUAUUUGCACCUUUUUAGUGUUUCCUAUGUCCUUGUCACAACUUUAGGAGUGAAGGGCGUGACGCUAUCAGUGUUUGUUCAUGCAGUUAGUCAUACGCUGCUGAGUACUCGGGGUGAUUUAUAAACAGACUAAUAUCCUGAAGACCAGAUAUGCGGAUUAAUACGCUGAAUAAACUUUCACUUUCUGCUCUGUCCUGCAAGGAAAGAGCCAUCUGCUGAGUGUGCUUCAGAACAAGCGCCAGCCUCUUCACGCACACGCUCUGAUCGACGCAACCCUUUCCGGAGAUUGAUGAAUGCUUUUGUGUGAUGCAGCCAAGGUUGUGUUGGAAACCAGUAGACCAGCUCAUGGCUGUACGACAAUCCCCAGACUGGCCCUGGAGUUAAAGCAAAUCAUUCACUGCACGUCCCAUUCCAAGCUUCCCCAAGUGAAUCCCAUACGGAUGAUGAUGCCUUUAGGACAGCUUAUCAAAGGAGCCAGCUUGGAUGAACUCAUACAGAUGUGUAUUCAAACUUUUGAUUCUGAAGGGAAUAUUUGCCAGAGCAGCGAGCUAGUACAGAUUAUGUUGACAAUGCACGGAUUCCUGAUCCCAUCUGCAGACCUGCUCAGCAAGCUCAGGGCAUUGUAUGAGGAAGCUCUGCAGAAGAGGUCUUUGCUGCUCUGUCUUAAGAUCUGCUACUUUGUAAGAUAUUGGAUUACAGAACUCUGGACUAUGUUCAAAGUGGACUCCCGUCUCACCGAGACUAUGGAGGAGUUCCAGGAGUUGGUGCGAGCCCAGGGGGAAGAAUUACAUUGGCAACUUCUUGACACUGCUCAGAUUAACUCUCGGGAAUGGUCUCGAAAACUGACACAAAGAAUAAAAUCAAACUGUAGUAAGAAGAGGAAAGUGUCGCUUCUGUUUGACCACCUGGAGCCACAGGAACUGGCAGAACACUUAACCUACCUAGAGUUCAAAUCAUUCCGCAGAAUUUCUUUUUCGGACUAUCAGAACUACAUUGUAAAUGGUUGUGUGAAAGAUAAUCCUACUAUGGAACGUUCAAUUGCACUCUGCAAUGGGAUUUCUCAGUGGGUUCAACUGAUGGUCUUAAGCCGGCCAACCCCUCAGCUCCGAGCCGAGGUUCUCACUAAGUUCAUUCAUGUGGCUCAGAAACUUCAUCAGCUGCAAAACUUCAACACUCUGAUGGCUGUUAUUGGAGGGCUGUGUCAUAGUUCCAUUUCUAGACUCAAGGAGACCAGUUCUCAUGUGUCUCAUGAUGUCAGCAAGGUCCUUAAUGAGAUGACAGAGCUGUUGGCCUCCUGCAGAAAUUAUGAUAAUUACAGACGAGCAUAUAAUGAAUGCAGUAAUUUCAAGAUACCUAUUCUUGGGGUACACCUGAAAGACCUUAUCUCUCUAUAUGCAGCCAUGCCAGACUUUCUGGAUGAAAAGAAAAUUAACGUACCCAAACUGCACUCCAUGUACAACCAUAUUAAUGAGCUAAUUCAGCUACAAAACAUAGCUCCGCCAUUAGAUGCCAAUAUGGAUCUUGUACAUCUGCUCACCCUUUCCCUCGACUUGUAUUACACAGAGGAUGAAAUGUAUGAGCUGUCAUACGCACGGGAGCCUAGGAAUCAUCGGGCACCACCCGUUACACCCUGUAAGCCUCCAGUUGUUGCAGAUUGGGCAUCUGGUGUCUCUCCUAAACCCGACCCAAAAACCAUCAGCAAACAUGUGCAAAGGAUGGUGGAUUCGGUGUUUAAGAAUUAUGAUCUGGAUCAAGAUGGAUAUAUAUCUCAAGAAGAGUUUGAGAAAAUAGCAGCCAGCUUCCCAUUCUCUUUCUGUGUGUUGGAUAAAGACAGGGAUGGACAGAUCAGCAGACAAGAAAUCACUGCAUACUUUAUGAGGGCAAGCUCCAUAUGCUCCAAACUUGGCUUGGGAUUUAAUCACAACUUCCAAGAGACCACCUACCUGCGCCCAACUUUCUGUGACAACUGUGCUGGCUUUCUCUGGGGCGUGAUCAAGCAAGGAUAUCGCUGCAAAGACUGUGGGAUGAAUUGCCAUAAACAAUGUAAGGAGCUGGUGGUGUUUGAAUGUAAGAAGAGAACUAAAAGCUCCACUGAAGACUGCAGUCUAUCUCAAGAUGCUACCGCCUCUGACAUUUCAUCGGCCAGUGGCAAAGAGUCAACAAAUGCUGAAGAGGACCCUUUCCCUUUCACAAAUGGUGAAGACAGUGAGCACACAGAGGUCGGCAAAGACAGGACAUUCAUGCUGAUGGGAAGCUCCAGUCAUAAAAUCUCUUUACGAAUGCAACCAACAAUGAGACACCGGAGCACGCAGACCGAAGACGCUCCUUCCAGUCCCUCCUUACAGGUUACCUCUCCUCAUAAGAUUCGAACACCAGAUGGCGGUCCUAGUCCGCUUUUAAUUAGGAAGCGAGCAUAUGCCAAGUGGGAAAAUAAAGAUUCUGUCCGUAAAGCCAGAGAGGAGAGACGAAUAUCUAAACAAACAACACAAGAACUGGAAAAGGAAAAAUCCCUGUUAAAGGACGAGAACACAAACCUGAAGACCCAGCUUAAAGAUGCCCAGAGAAGAAUGGAGGCUUUGCGAACAGAGCUUAGAAAGUAUGUCAUGGACAAUGAGACUGUUGGGAAAGGAUCAUAGGUACAGGGACUGCUGGAAAGCCUAUUGCCACGGACUGUACAGAUACAGGCCAUUAUUCUGCUAAUGAGCAUGAUGGACUCGAUGUCCACAGCCGGACGGUAGAAACUGGGUGCUCGCCAGUUGCACAGUGGAACACACCAGGGGUUCUGCAGGUUGAAGAAAUACGGUGUACACCUUACUUCCAUGAAGGUUAAUUAUAUGUAUACCUGUUCUAAGACUCUACUACAUGCAAUCUUAAGGAUCCUCCCCUUAAUACAUCACAUUUCAUGGUGUAGUUAUGGAGUGUCUAUCAGUAGUUGAAGGUGUGUAAAUAUAACCUUUGUCUAGCUAGUUUAUUUAGUAAGGAUGAGCACAUUGGUGAUGUCAGUGUACAAUGUAUGUAGCGUUCUCCUUUCCUUACCUGACUGGCAUGUCGAAACAGAACAAACCUGCAGCAAUGAACAUAGAAUGUCAUUAUGGUUCAGAACUCAAGGCUAAACAAAGCAGCUUGGUUUUAUAUUGGCUGCUCUGCUUCUGCUGUUUUUCAAGACCAAAUGCAAUUCUACAUGGUAAGAUGUCUCAGGCUAUGCUGUGACAAUGACACAUUUCUAGAGAAGCUUGGAAGAAAACAAAUGUGGCCGUAGUGAAGAUCACUGCAGCUUCACUAAAACCAGUAAGCAUCAACCACAGGUUGAAAUAUGCAAAAAGUGUGGAGGUGUUUGAACCCGCCGGAUUUGUAGUGCUGUCCGGGGGUUCCGGUAAAGAAAAUGUCUCUAUACUUCCUCUGCUGACCAUGUUUUACCAGACAGGAAGUAAGGGAAACCUUCAAUAGCGACACAAACAGAAAUAAAUAUACUUUUAUUAGUAGAGUAGGGGAAGCUAGAACCAAUGUCUUUUUCUAGCUUUUAAUAUUCCUGUUAUAAAAAGUUUCCCUUAGUUCCUGUCUGGUAAAAAUUGUUGUCAGCAGGGCAGGUAAUGAGGUUUAAUCGCUCUGACAGAGCCUGGGAUAGCAGUAAAAACCUGACUGGAGAUCUAAACAUCCCUCAGUAUUUUUAAAACAUUAAAAAGGUGUUGGCUUGACUUACACAAUAACAUUUACAGACAAAUCGGGAACGGCGGCAGAAAUUAAAAUGACGGUUUUAAAGCAAAGGUCAUAUUGUCAGUAACCCAAUACAGUACAAGCAAGUGCUGCUUUAUGCCUUUUAUGGGCUAUAAAUGGCUAAUAACACAGAACAAUCCAAAGGACAGUAAAACAAUGUCAAAUAUCUGUCUUUGUACAAUAUGGGAACUUUUUUACGUUUAUUUGUGAAUACUACUGGUGGCUCUUUUACAUAAAGUAUCUAUUUAGGUUUAA